AUGCUUAUAGAGAAGCACUUACUCGAAGUUCAGCGACAGCCCCAUGGCCUCCAAUUCCACCUGGUACCGGUCGUAGUCCGACGCGUAGAGGUCCUUCAACUUCUGGCGCCGCGCAAUCACCAAUUCGGCGUCCAGACACCGCGCCUCGUCCUCCGCCGCCGCCGCCGCCCGCUUCCGCAGCGCGUUCAGCUUCUUCUGCGUGCCCUUGGCCUCGAACUGGACGCGCUGGUGCACCUCCUGCAAUUCGUUGACGUACUUUUGGGCCUGCGGGGCAAUCCAAGGUCAAGUUGCGCUUCAACUCGGGGUGUGUCGUGGUUUGGGGGAGGUGUUACUCUCCAUACUGGGUCGAGGGUAUCGCUCGGAGGUCGUGUCCGAGUUUCGGUGCCGAGAUCGCGAGACGCGGGUACGUGCGCGCUCGCAGCGCUCUUCCCUAUCCUUCAUCUCCUUGAUCUUGCCCGUGUCGGCCAUCCUUGCCUCGGGGGGUCAGCUGCCCCUCCCUGUUGACUUAGGUCUCGCGGGUGGCGCUGGUAUGGCUGCCCCUACCAAGUAUCGAGCUGGCGCUGCUUAGGCUGCCCGUCCGGCGGUCGCGGGUGCGCUGGGGGUGCCGUGCGACAGGGGCGCGUCUCCCGGUCCUUUGGUGAACCUAGAGCCUCGUGGAGGGCCCAAGACCAGCGCGCGGACGAUAACGCC